AACUUAGUUGGUAAAAGUUUAAACUUUAUAGUAAUUUCCGAAUUGAGCGUUUCAUCUGAUACUCGAAACGCUUGAUAAUGAAAGGUGAUGUGGUAUUUGUAUGAACUAAUAAUUCCUUUGUACUUGAUGACUGCUUGAUUACGAAUCCCAAAUGCAAUACGUUCGUUCGUGAACAAGGAAGAUGUUGACGAUGUUAAUAUUGAUCGGAAAAGAAGCAUAUAUCUUAAUAAAAACUUUGGCAUUUCCAGACAAGCCGAUUUUGCUCCCUUAUACAACUCUCAAGCAACUACUACUAGACCGUGUAAAGUAUACAAAUUUCGAAUGCAGUAAAAGAGAAAAAUUUCAUAAAACGAUUCAUCAAGACGUCAGGAAUCUCACUACUUUAAUACUCUGUCCCAGUCCAAAGCGUAAUCAGUGUUAUUCAUAUAAUGAUUCAUUGAGAAGUUGUGAAUCAGGUCACGAAGAUGAGCGCAAGUUUGGUAAAUGCGUGUUCUGUGACAAGUUUCACCCAUGUGAUUCAUGUGUGUUUUGUAAUUCUAAAUGCUUUAAAUGUGAUGAGAUUGGGCACAUUCAGUCCGCUUGUGAUAAUACGGUUCACUUGACUGCAACUAAUGCUAAAAUUUGUAAUUGCUAUCCCAUUAAUUUGAGUGUUUCUAAUGAUCAUUCAUCUUUAUCCAUACUUCGAAAAGCGGUAUAGAGUCACAUGGCAGUCCAGAGUCAGAUGAAACUCAGAAUCAUUGUGUUUCUAAUCAACCAACUUAUCAGAUUUAUCAUGUUAUUGUACCGGAUAUGGUUUUUCCC